AACAUAACUGCUGUCUUCUGUCUAAUAAAUAUGUCAGUUGUAACCAGGAAAAAAUAAAAACAAAAAAAUGUUCAGACUGCUCAUAAUAUCUACGGUCUUAGUUUUGUGUAAAUGCAACGAAUCCAAUGCUCCACAAUGUUUUGAUAGCACAAAGGAGAAUCUUAAAUUACAUUUGGGCACAAAAACUCCGUACCGAUUUAUUUUCAAUCGAAAUGACACUGCCGUAACUUACCAAGGCUGCCAACCACGCAGAAUAUGGUCAGUCAUCCGACACGGAACGCGAAAUCCCAAACGUAAAGUAAUCUACGCUAUCAAUGUGCACUUAGCAAACGUUCGGAAUCAUAUUAUUGACCAAAGAAAUCCGAAAUUGUGUCCUCAUGACCUGGAACGACUACGCAAUUGGCGAUCGCAAGUAAAUGUGGACGAAGAGAAGCAUUUAACAUAUGAAGGAAGCGAUGAACUGCUUCAACUGGCCGAACGCAUUCAGAAUCGUUUCCCGUCUUUGCUACCCGAACAGUACGACCAACAGUUGUAUAAAUUUAAAUUCACAGACUCGCAGCGAACGCUAAAAAGUUUCGAAAGCUUUGCGUCGGGACUGUUCGGCAGGAACAAUUUAAGUAAAGUUGUUCAUCUUCCUCCAACGGCUAAAGAUCCGAUUCUGCGAUUUUACAAACGAUGUUCUAAGUGGACGACAGAUGUCGAUGACAAUCCAGAUGCUUCAUACGAACCGAAGCAAUGGUUAGAAAGCGAGGAGAUGAAUAGAUUGCUGAGAGAUUUAAGAGAGAAACUGGAUUUUGAUGCCUUGAGCAUAGACGAUGUAAUCUUGAUGUACACGACAUGCACAUUCGAAACGGCUUGGUACAAAUUUGACUAUUCGCCGUGGUGUUCCAUCUUUAACGAAGAUCAACUCAAAAUUAUUGAAUUUUACUAUGACCUGAAACAUUACUGGAAGGAUGGUUAUGGUUUCGGUAUAAAUCAUCAGCAAGCAUGUCCGGCCCUGAAUGAUAUGCUGCAUCAUUUGGAAUUGAACUCAUCUAAACCGAAUUCAACAUUCUAUUUUACCCAUUCCGGUACCAUGCUAAAGCUGCUGGCACACUUGGGCCUAUACAAGGACGACUUUAGUUUAACUCAUAAAGAUUUUAAUAAAAAUCGGAAAUGGCAUCUGGAAACUAUCGACGCCUUUGCAUCGAAUUUAGUCUUCAUUUCCUUCGAAUGUGCCACGGAACCAUACGUCUUGGCUAUGCACCAAGAGAAGGUCAUUCAUAUACCAGGUUGUCCAACUGAUAAAGAUCUUUGUAGUCUAGCUACAAUUAAGGGAACAUUCGAAUGGUCUCUGAAUUGGUGUAAUUUUGACGAAUUUUGCGAGAAUCCAAAGAUUAACACUGCAUAGUCAGUGGAUUUUAUUGUUUAAAAAUUUUAUUGUUUUUGUUUUCGUAUUUUAUAUUGAGAAUACAACAAAUUAUAUGUCCCUAUUUUAUACAUAAAGGCA